AAGUAUGUUUAGAUGCAUGUACUGUAAGUGAGGUUAGGUGUUAAUGUUUUCAAUGCUUUUCUUUUAUGUGUUAUAUAUUAUCAGAAUGCAGGCGAGUAUUUUGCUGUAGAAGUCAUACAACCUUUUGACUAGAAGCUAUUCUUCAGAAUUUCCUCCAGACAAACACUUUGGACAUCCAAAAGGGAAAGCAAUUGUUACCUUCCGAACCUAACAGUUUGGGAAAAAGGUUGUCGAAAAGUGAUUGGUAAUAUUCGUUGCCAAAGGUACGUUCUUCGAAAUUUGGUUUUUUCAUAAAGCUAUACGCGGAAAAUUUGGUUUCUUUUUAUAAAGCUAUACGUGGAAAAUAUUCGUUAUAAAGCAACGACAAAUAAUCAAUCAGGAUUCUUGGCAAACACCGAUAGAUCAAGCAAGAGAUUAUCUCUUGUUGAAGUAUAAACAGAAAACAACAAACGGAAGGCGGGAGAUAAAGAAAAAAUUAACACCAAUAACAAUUAGUGUUAGCAGUAAACAAAAUAAUUAACGUGCACGACCACAACAGACGAGUCACUAAUUAUUCAGGUUUAAUAAUAUAAGCAACACCUACUGCAAUAACAACGACAAUAACUACAACAGUGGUAAUAAUAUUAAUUAGUGUUAAUAAUAUUAUUAUCAUAAUCCGUGUUAUUAACGAAGACAAAUCAAAUUACGCGCCUCCGAAAAACGGGUUGUUCCAAGUAGAAGGUAUUUUAGGAAGCAGGUAUAUAAAGCAGCCUACCAGCAACCAGCACCAUGUGGAACCGUCCAAUUCCCACGAAGAUGUCACAGAACGCAUCUUCGUCCGGGCCGACUUGCGACUUAAUGAAAUUCUUUGGCCUUAGUUCGUUGAUUUAUACAAUCAACGUGACAAUUCUGUUAAUUAUUGCCAUUUCCACGGACUACUGGGAAUAUCGCGGUUUCGAUUUUGUUCGUCUCUUUCGAGUGGUGUCCACGUCGAAUCGUACGAAAAUCAUUGUGCCCAGAGAUACGAACUCCUACCUCCAGAUUUUGUAUUUUUAUCCGAACCAUUUCCCAAAUUCUCAAACGGCCGAAAUUCCGACUUAUAAUGUGACUUUUUACCAAUCUCCGAUUUUGGUCCGGAAGUACUAUUUCAACUAUACGAAUACACCUGAGAAAUAUCUGGCCACCACUGAAGACAGCUAUGUUCUUGACCCUCACCUGGACAUGUGUGAAAUUGUUAUAUAUCUGCAGUAUGGCAAUCUCUUCAGAGAUUGCGAAGAUUUGGAAAAUCCAGUAAGAGACAGGCUUGGUAUACGACCGACCAGCAAAGAACGCUGUGAAUCUUUCGUCUUCUCUGAACCGGAAAAAUUUAUUGCAAACAACACGCCAGCGGUGUCCUAUUUGGAAAUCGCAGCUUUUACCUGUGCCAUACUAUGUAUGACGUCGAUUCUGAUAGGCCUCAUAGCUGGGGCGGUGAGUGAGUGCCUGCCUAGUCACGAAAGUUUUGUCGUAGCGGCCACCGCGCCCUUAAUUGCCGCCAUGAUGUUAACAAGUGCCAUAGGAUUAUUUCAUGGUAAGUGCCAUCUGCUGCAGCGCCUCGAACUUCUUCCAGGUGAGUCGGUUCCAUUCAAGAAACUCUUCCAAGAAUCGCGCACCUACAGUCAUGGCUGGUCUUUCGUUCUUGCCUGGAUAUGUGUCGUUCUCUGCCUUGUCAACUCCUUCGUCUGGUUAAACAAGGGACAAAAUAGCGGUUACCUCCCUUACCGAGGUGGUUUCGGUUACGGAGCCGAUAAGUACCAAUAUACACCGCCUUCGGUGCCAAAGUCGGUGAUAAAACGACGCGAAAGUAUUCAUCGAUUCCUCUCCAGGGAGACCAUCGCCUCGUUGUUGUAUCGAACGAAAUCCGUGUCCGACCAAAGAAAAGAUCAUUCCAGCAGCAGUAUAAAUACAGACGACAAGCGGUUUUAUCCCGAAAGUUACGCCAUGUCAGAUGACAGAGCUCUUAUCAGCAGCUCCUCUUGUGACCUUUAGAAUGCAUUGGAAUCGAACGUUGUUAUCUUCUUCUCUAUUAUUCCUUUGUUUGUUGGGUUGUAGCUUGAAAAGCAACAACAACACAAACAAGCAAAAACAACAGUAGAAGUUACUGGAAGGUUCCUUGCUGAAAAAAAAAAACCAACAAAAAGGUCAAGCUUUUGAUAAGAACUCUGAUAAUUGUUUCUAAUUUUGGCACAAGGCUAGCAAAUUUUUGAGCGGAAAAGGGUCAGUCAACACUAUUAACCUCAAUACUUAACUGGUGCUUAAGCACUACUGUUAUCUAUUCCUGUUAAAAUGAACAUAAUAAGGACAAAGAAUGAGAAGAAAGAAACAAAAGUACAAUAAAUCACACAAUUAUUAAAACGAUAUAAUUUACAGGAAAUAAAUCACGAAAGAUUACUGGUUAGUUUCAGCUAAGGCACUCCACAACACUGUUCUCAAAAACAUUUCUCAAAUUGUGUACGAGUGCAAACAAAUGCACCUGUAAGCACUUUUUGAGAUAUUCGGUGUGGGAGAAAACUAUUCGGGGUAUGCUCUUUUAAGUUCGUUUUUCUCUUAAACAUUUCUCAAAUUGUGUACGAGUGCAACGAAAUGAACCUCUAAGCACCUUUUGAGAUAUUUGGUGCGGAAGAAAACCUUUUGGGGGUAUGCUCUUUAAGUUCAUUGUAUUGUCAGUUUUAUUUUUACUAGUAAUCUAUUUUCUGCAUAUUGUUUAUAUUCUGAAUCUCACUUUUUUGCAUAUCAUUCUAACAUUUUUUUCCGGAAGUAUGUGGCACAACGGAUGCGUGAUUUUGUUUGUUCUUACUUUGAUUUUUGAAGACGGUGAAUCUUAGUUCUUCGUCGUUUUCUGCAUUUUUCGCUAUUUUCUCACUAUGUUAAAGAAAUUGUUUCUUCUCAUCUGUAUUCAUCGUUUCAUGAUUAAUCUUCUUUCGUUGAAUUUCAUCUGCAACUAUAAUUCCUUCCUCGUCAUAAUAUGAUGGAGCACUAUUGUUGGUUGGUACGAUUAGGAAACGAGACACCUGUUAAUCUAUUUCUGAUACUAAGCAUAAAGGGAUUUCUUUCGCCAGCCCUAAGUUUGGGCUGAUGGCGAUAUGGAAUCGGGAAUGUAUUCUUUUUUCUGUCGUUUUAGUAUAUUUCUGUUUCUUCGCUUCUUUUGUUUAGUUUUUCCAGGUCUUUAAAAUGAUAAAAAAAAAAAAAAAAAGGCUGAAUAAUCCACAAGAGAGUGACAUCCUGUAUUCUGAAAUAAUCCUAAAGAUGAUUCCUGAGAUUUGAGAUUUGUUGUCACCAAUCUUCAAGACAGCUUCUUCCUAACAAAAUUGGCGUGUAAUAGCUUUUGUAUAAUAAUAAUAAUAAUGGCGAUGACGAAGGUGGUGACAAUUAUGAUGAUGAGGAAGAAGGGAGGGGGAGAUGGUGAUGGUGGUUUCCAACAUGGACGCAGGAUUUCAAAUUUUAAGAUGCGCUGUAUCGAUCUCAGGAGGCGGAAUAAGGUAAAUAGAUUUCGAUGGGAAUAUCGGUUUUAACUUUAUUUUCACUGACCGUCCGGGAUCGAUAAAAUGCAUACCAACCAAGUAUGAAUUAAGUUUCAAUGCAUACCAAUCGAAUGUCAAUAUGUAUCGAGCAAGCAUAAAUAAGUCCCAACCAAGUGCCAAUGUGUAACAAUCAAGUCUCAUUAUGUAACAACCAAUUCUUAAUAUGUAUCAAAUAUCAAUAACCUCUAAUCAAUAAUCAAUAAGAACCAAUCGAAUCUCAAUAUGCAAAAAUUAAGUUUUUGAGAGAAGUGAACGAUUAGAUCGAACCCUAACUCCAGUAAAUGACUGAUACUGAUUUUAAUCGAUCCCCGGAAGAAUGAAAGGGGAAAAUUUGUCAAGGGAGAAGGGGAUGCUUAAACGACAACAGAACGUAAAGGGAGGUAACUCUACAUGUGACAAAACAUUUAAUCCGGCAUUUUCACCUUUUCUGCUACGUCAACCACCAUUCUUGAAUAUAAUUAACAAUGGACUGACAGAAACUGUAGAGUGCCGGAUUAAAUGUCUUGUCCAUGUGUUAUCGACCAACUUACAGAUGCAUGCCUAGCGCAGGGCCAUUCGCCCUAAUCAGAUUUGUCAGCCAUACACCUGUUGACAAAGUUUCACUGCUUUGCUUUCUAUCCACGUGUUACUUGAAGUUGAUAAGGGCUUGACCCCCAAAAGGAAAUGUGCCUGUUCUCGAUCUUUUCAGCCUCGCCCAUCAAACAACCAAUUUUGCUAUUGCCGCUUGACAGCAAAACACUUCCUACCUUGCCAUGUGAAAUGUUGAUGGUGGGGCAAUCCUCAUAGUGGACUCGGCUGAGGGUCGGGUUUGUUCUAUUAUGCAACAACAGCUGUUCAGCAAUACUGAAACACUGCGCGAGUGCAUGCGGAACGGUUUUAAUCGCUCCGCGCGCAUCUCGAGCAGUGCGGCACUUAUUUACCUGUGGGGGUUUAUCUCGAACCGGCAUGCCACUCGGUAGCACUGCUAGGCCAAGGAUUUCAGGAAUUUAAUUAGCGGACGAAAUGCCGCUAAGCAUUUUGUCCAACGUGCUAACGAUUCUGCCAGUUCGCCGCCUUAAUAAUAAUAAUAAUAGCCCGUUAUGUAUUGAGGUAGAUGAAGGUGACAAAGUCCCUUCCCUCCACUUUUUGUCGUCUUGUGCCAAUAUCAAAAUCCAUUAUCAUAAGGACAGUCAUAUCACUGAAGACUGUGCUUUUUGUUGUCUUUUUUUUUUCCCCAUUUCGAUUUCUCUAAAUUCUUGGUAUUGAUGUCUAUAAAUUCCACUCAAUUCAAGACCAUUCUUUCAUUAUAUUUCGGGGUACAUAAAUUACUCCAAAGCAGAAAAAAAAGUAAUAAUAAUAAUAAUAACAAUAAUAACCAACCCCUUUUCCUUAAGGUAUAUGAAGAAAAAAAAAAUGCCUGCAGAAGCAAUCAUUAAAAUUAAUACAACAUAUAUAUGUUUGAUUUUUAAUUUUCAAUUUCUUUCUGAAAAUUCAAAUGACCUUACAAAGUAAACUUUACUAAAUUUUCAUCGAUUCUUAUAUUAAAUCCUUUCAUCUAAAGUUUUAAUCGAAAGCAAGAAAAACAAACAAAAAAUAGAAAACUUAAAGCAGAAAAAAAAAAGGAAGAAAAAUGCAAAAAGAAACAAAGAAUUAUUUCAGUAACAGCUACUCUGUGCCUUUAAUUUGACAAUCCGCGUAAAAAUACAGCUUCCGGUCAUCGGAAUAUACUUCCGGUAAGCUUAAUCACAAUAAAUCCGUUUCGUCUAAUAUGACUUUACGUUCGGAAAAAAAAUAAAAAAUAAAAAAUAAAAAUAACGAAAAAUAAAACAAAAACAACAGAAAUAAUUCGAGGAUUUAUAAAAAAAAGUUGUUUUUUUUCUUUUACAUUUCUUUUUUACUUUGUAUAUUGUUAAUUUUAUUUAUUGUUAUUUUCUUAAUAAAAAGUUUUGAAAAUAUAUAUAAACAAUA